GCGAAACCCCUGAUUUUCAAAUGCUGAAACUGCACUCCCUGGUCUUCUCUAAUGAUCCUCUAGUGAACGGUUUCUGUCCGGCGAGGCUGAUGGUCGUGCCGUCCCGCCGAGGAUGUUCUUCUGAUAAAGACUGCCCUGGAGGACACAAAUGCUGUCGAUUUGACACUGGGCCUGUUUGCGUGCUGCCUGUUUUCAUGAAGCCAGGUCAAUGUCCCAUACCAGAGAUGAUUCCACCUUGUGCUAAAAGCUGUUUCCAUGAUGGCCAGUGUCCUGCCACACAGAAAUGUUGCCCAACCACCGGUGGCUUUGCAUGCAGUGAACCACAUGGUCAGGGAAGAGGUCAGGCAAGUUGUCAGGGCAGCGGCCAGGGCAGCGGCCUGGGCAGCGGCCAGGGCAGCGGCCUGGGCAGCGGCCAGGGCCAGGGCAGCGGCGAGGGCCAGGGCAGCGGCCAGGGCCAUGGAAGCGGCCAGGGAAGCGGCCAUGGCCAGGGAAGCGGCCAGGGCCAGGGAAGCGGUUAUGGCCAGGGCCAGGGAAGCGGUCAGGGCCAGGGUCAGGGCCAGGGAAGCGGUUAUGGCCAGGGAAGCGGUCAGGGUCAAGGCCAGGGUCAGGGACAGGGUCAUGGAAGCGGCCAGGGUCAGGGUCAGUGCCAGUGCCAGGGCCAGGGAAACGGCCAGUGCCAGUGCCAGGGUCAGGGCCAGGGAAGCGGCCAGGGUCAGGGAGGCGGCCAGGGAAGCGGCUAUGGCCAGGGAAGCAGUCAAGGGAGUGGUCGGCGACAUGGUCAUUGAAAUGGUCAUGGGAAUUUUGCA